GUGCGCGAUGGGGACCCUGCGCGCCGGCGCCUGGGUGCUGGUGCUGGCGCUGGUGCUGCCCGGCGGCCCGAUCCACGCCUUCCCCAAGCCCGGGGGCCGCGAAGACAGAUCUCUACGUAAUAGAGAAUUAAGUGCAGAAAGACCUCUGAAUGAACAGAUUGCUGAAGCAGAAGCAGACAAGAUUAAAAACAUGUACCCUCCAGAAAACAAGCCAGGUGAAAGCAAUUAUUCUUUUGUUGAUAACUUGAACCUGCUAAAGGCAAUAACAGAAAAGGAAAAAAUUGAGAAAGAAAAGCAAUCCAUAAGAAGCUCCCCACUUGAUAAUAAAUUGAAUGUGGAAGAUGUUGAUUCAACAAAGAAUCGAAAACUGAUCGAUGAUUAUGAUUCUACUAAGAGUGGACUGGAUCAUAAAUUUCAAGAUGACCCAGACGGCCUUCAUCAACUGGAUGGGACUCCUUUAACUGCUGACGACAUUGUCCAUAAAAUUGCUACCAGGAUUUAUGAGGAGAAUGACAGAGGGGUGUUCGACAAGAUUGUUUCUAAGCUGCUGAAUCUUGGCCUGAUCACAGAAAGCCAGGCACACACUCUGGAAGAUGAAGUAGCAGAUGCUUUACAAAAGUUAAUUUCAAAGGAAGCCAACAAUUAUGAGGAGGAGCUCAAUAAAUCCAUAAGCAGGACUGAGAACCAGGCUGGAAAAAUCCCCGAGAAAGUGACCCUGAAGGCAGCGAUUCAAAAUGGCUUGACCCGUGGAGAGAGCGAUGAGACCGUGUCCAACGCGCUGACCUUGGCGAACGGCUUGGAGAGGAGAACCAAGACCUACAGCGCGGAUGACUUCGAGGAGCUCCAGUACUUCCCAAACUUCUACGCACUGCUGAAAAGCAUCGAUUCAGAAAAAGAGGCAAAAGAGAAGGAAACGCUGAUCACCAUCAUGAAAACACUGAUUGACUUUGUGAAGAUGAUGGUCAAGUACGGCACCAUCUCUCCCGAGGAAGGGGUCGCCUACCUUGAAAACUUGGAUGAAACAAUUGCUCUUCAGACAAAGAACAAGCUAGAAAAAAAUGCUACUGACAAUAAAAGCAAGCUUUUUCCAGCGCCCUCGGAGAAGAGUCCCGAGGAGACCGACAGCACCAAGGAGGAGGCCGCCAAGAUGGAGCAGCAGCACAGCGCCCUGAAGGACUCCACGAAGGACGGCAGCUCCAGGCCGGGAGGGAAGACAGACGCCCCGAAAGGGAAAACAGAAGCCUACCUGGAAGCCAUUAGGAAGAAUAUCGAAUGGUUGAAGAAACAUGACAAAAAAGGAAACAAAGAUGAUUAUGACCUUUCAAAGAUGAGAGACUUCAUCACCCAGCAGGCUGACGCGUACGUGGCCAAGGGCAUCCUGGACAAGGAGGAAGCCAGCGCCAUCAAGCGCAUCUACAGCAGCCUGUGAUGCCGGGAGACCUUAACGGAGCUCAGAACACCUCUAAUCCCGCAGCAAACGUGCUCUGACCCAAGGGUAGUAGAGAGUGCUGAACUCACAGUAGUUGACCUUGUAGAAGUGGGUAAGACAUAGCUUUCUUGUCAUUAAAAACUACCUGAAAAGUAAA